AUGAAGGCCGAGCUCCAAAAGACGAAACAAGAUCUGGCAGUCGAGAAAUCCAAGUCACUUCGAGAUAGCAACCAGAUCAACCUGCUAUGUAUUCAAUGCUACAGACUGACCGACCGUUACCGCGCCGUUGUCGCCUCCCACACCGCCCUUCAAGACGCAUCUCAUGAUCUGGCCUCAGAGCUUCGAGCCCACAAAUGCGCCCUCGAUCUUACCAGGAAGGAACUAGACGAGUCCCUGAAGGAUACCGACACCUACCGCGAGACGAUGUUGAAACAAGACGACGAUUACAAGCUCGUAAAAAUGCAAUUAAAGGAAGGGAAAGAAGAUGAGAUCGUGCAGUGCAGGAUGUUGACGAGUAAGUUGCGGUCGCUCGGCAAGAGCUAUGAGAUGGGUCGCGCAGUCUAUGACAUGCUUUUACUACAAGUUGAGGGACAGUAUAGUGGGGAUAAGGUCGUGUUGGAGAGGAUGAGAGAGGCUUUGAAGGAGGCGUUCGGUGGGUUCUUUGAAAACGAGUGA